AUGCUAGUCGCGCACAAUAAAGGAAAAAAUGUUGGUGGAAAAUCCAAACUAAAGAUAGUGCGGAAACAACAAAACAUUGGUGGAAAAUCCAAAGAAAAUAUUAUGAAAAUAUUAUAUUAUCAGGCCCAACAUCAUCAUUUGAAAAUGCAUUCAACGUCGUACGCUUCUCAACAACACCGUCAUCAUCAACGAAUUCAACAACAAGUUCAAGAACAACAAGAAGAAAUUCACGUUCAACAGCAACAACAACAACAUCAUUAUCAACAAGUGGAGCUGGUUCAACAUAACGGGCAAAAUAUUGCUCGAAACAAGCAAAUCGAAAAUGACUUGGAUCUGGAUGAGCUGGCUUACUACAUCAAGAAAACCAGAGAGAAGAAUAAGAAGCACAAAUCCAACAACAUGUUUUCAACGAAAAUGUGCCUUCGACUUCGAAAGCUGCUCUACAACAACAACAUCAGCAACAGCAGAUUCUAG